AUGGUUGAUUCACAAGAUGAAACUGACUCUGGCAAGGAUACCCUCGUUGAUGGACAGCUCACAAUAAAAAUACCUAAUCCGAAAACGUACAUGGCUCGCCAGUCUGCCUGGAUCGGUCGAAGGGGAAAGCCCCGCUGCGACCACUGCCGUCUAAAUAAUUUGAAGUGUGAUCGUAUUCUACCUACCUGCAAUCAUUGCUCUUGGGCGUCAGGCAGAGAAUGCAGGUACACCCCAUUGCCGACUCCGGCCCACCGUGGCAUUCCAAGAUGUGAUCGUUGUCGCAGGAAGAAUCUCAAGUGCGACCGGAACUUGCCUGUUUGCAAUCACUGUAGUGAAGAUGACGAUGCUGAGUGCAACUACACGCCCAAGAAGCGCCAUAAAGCAACAGCAGAGCAAGUUUCGGCUCAAGACCACGAUGCUCAUUCGCACAAAGCAGAAUCGUCGCCUACAUCAGAAAGCGUGCACCACGAUGGAUUGGCUGAAUCUAAAAGGGCUCACACCUUUUAUGGGCAGAAUGUCGCCACCCGAAACGGCGAGUCCCCACAGCCUCCCAUCCUCGGCGGUGUUGAAGGCUCCCCAGAUUUAGACAAGCCAAUUCAAUCGCAAACUGGUCGUUUUACUGCAGAUUACUUGCAGUCCAAGUCUCAGUAUGCUGGUCCUCUUCCUGUCAUUGCACCUAAACCAUCAUCUCUUGGCGACAGUUCACUCUCAUUCAUAUCCCACGCAUUUGCGCCGGGGCAAGGCAUAAUUGUCAACAGCACAUACGUCCAACCGUGGAGCCAUCCUUCGUUUUCUCCAUUACCAGAGUCAAUAUUGCAACGACUGGGCAGCGUCGACUCAUCAGAAAUGCCGAACCGUGAGACCUUCGACGACAAUAUCGCGAGCUUCUUGGGGGAUUUGCUGCCAGAGCUCAGAGACACGGCAUGUUUACCUCCUGAUAUUUACUUAUCCAUGUCGCGAUCUCUCGUGGCCAACGAUCUUUCUAAGCUUCCAGCCAGGCUUCGCGACUGGAUAUCCAUCAACCAUAUUCGUUCAGGGUCGUCGAAGGGCAGCCUGCUACUUGUACCACGAGAUUCCAUUUUCCAAGCGGCCGAUACAGAGGUCACAAGACUGCUAAAGGCUUAUCGCGACAGUGUGGACGGCUCCAAUGGCUCCGAUGAUGAAUUGUCGGGUGAUGUUGACUUCUCACAAGGCAAGUAA